CAUAACGUUUUAGAUGCUCGUAUCGAAUAAAUAAUAUUGAAUGAAUCAAGAGUGGAUAUAGAUCUAGAUCGAUCAUUUAGAUAGUUAAAUUGCAUUAGAUAUACUUUCAAACGGAUACUAGCUUGGAUAUUUAGAUGAUUUUAUUCAUUUAUUUAUUCUAAAUAAAUGAUAUAAAUAUUUGCGGACAUUUUAAACAUAAAAUAACUGUAAAAUGGCUAAUAGAAAACAUCAGAUGUGUGAGAAAUGUAGCAGUCAAUCAUUGAUGUCUGUGUUAAACAAAUUUGUUGAGACAGUGAAUAUUAUGGACGAAAAGGUGAUGGUGCCGAGUCGACUUCGGGACAUGCAGCUCAACCAAAACUCGAACUUGGAACCCACUGAGGAGAACAAUAAUAUGGCUGUGUUACCAUUCACUUCGGGAAACGGUGAGGACUUGUAUAGUUAUUAUGAAAUGAUAAAUGCAGUAAAAGGAGAACUUUUAAGUGGAAAAGGUCCCUUAAGUUCACAUCGGAUAACCAGUUUAAGUGAAUCGGACGGUGAUUCGGACACCCUUAGUGACGAUUCUUCCGAUGACGGUGUGCAACAGGAUGCGGCCACGAAAACCGCUCAGGCAUUUAGACAUCAUUUACAAGGAUUAUUUGGGCUGUUACAUCAAUUGUCGGACACUGCUAAAUUUCUAGGCGACGCGUACGAAGAUCAAGUUGGCGUUAAGAAAACCAAGAAAUUUACUAUCUGAGGAGGCCCGAACGAGUAUUCGAAUAGUGUUCAUUCAUAUUUAUCAAUGCAAAAUUCGUCGAAUAGCUUCGUCAAUGAGGUCAAAGUAAACAUUUGCAAUUAUUCAUCCAACGCAAUUAAAGAUGCAUGCAUCACGCAUUUUGAACAUUAAAUAACGCUCACGUGCCUGCUGUACGCACAAACGCCGUUCAUAACACACGUGACACUGACAGUUGACAGGUGAAAAAAUUACAGCAAAAUAAUAUUUGACAGCAGAGUUUCGUAAUGAGUGCCUUAAGUACACUUUUCAGUGUCAAAAUGUGUUGGAUAAUAUCUAAGUCUAUUAUUUACCUUAAAUUUCCUCUAAUCUUUGUUUUAUUAAUUUUAUUUUUCAUUUAACUGAUAUAUUACGUUAUUUUAUUGAAGGUUUCAUUAACU